AGUAUAUAAAGCGAACUAAUCAUCGCAUCUAAACACAACCGUCGGUAAUCAUUCUGUAAGAAUCAAAAUAAAGACAAUUUAAAAUCAAGAUAUAUCAACGCUGUCAGAAAAUACACGAACUUUAAAUCAUUCAUAAAAAAAAUUCUCUCAAUUAAUCAAAAGUUUCUUUUUCACUUAAAUCAUCAACAUGGUUUCAAGAUGCACGGCAGUCGAUGUUUUAACCAUGUUCAUAACUUGCGCUAUGUUUAGACCAGUUUGUGGUAGGGCGACCAGAAUACCAGGAAAAGCUUGUUCAGCAACAAUUGAUAUAGCCAGCGCCCUAGGCGUUCGCAUUGCAAGAAUGCAAGGUAGUCGAGUACAGUACGAACCCGUUUACCCAUUGGGCGAUAGAUCGUCUUUAAGUGUCGAAUUCAAGACAAGGCAUUCUACGGGACUUUUAUUUCUAGCAAGUAGCGAAAAUUUAGAACAUAGAUCGGCGGAAACACCCGAUUCUGUAGCGCUUUAUCUCCAACAAGGGCAUCUCAGAUACUACUUCAAUUGCGGUAAUACAAACGGUCUUCUUACCAUGCAUGAGGAAUUCAACGACAACUCUUGGCAUAAGGUUGAGUUUACAAGAAUUCCACUAAAGGGGAUGGUUAAAAUUGAUGACGAGAAACCAUUUAGAGAUUACGUUCACACCUGUGCCCCAUUCAAUCAUAUCUACCUCGGGGGACUCCCUCAGAGGGUGAGGAUACCAGGUUUUAGUGGAUUAAAUCAAAGGCUUAACGGAUGUCUAAGAAACUUUCGAAUCGACGAAGUGCCCGUGGAAGGAACGCCCCACUACUCUGCAGUCUUUUCAUGCGAUUGAG